AUGUCAACCACAGCCACAAUCACCAAAACAACUAGAGUCCUCUCACCCGAGUCCGCUGACUUUACAACCAUCUCGUAUACAAGGAUCAAACAAGGAAACGCCAAUGAGUUGGCUGCUCUCCUAAGAGCAUGUGAAAAGGACGGAUUCUUGUACCUGGAUCUCCGGAAUACUGACGCGGAGGCUAUACCAGUCAUCAAAGAGGUACCAUUGUUAUAUAAGGGCGUAAAUAAUUUCUUCCAGCUGGAUGAGGAUGAGAAGAUGAAGUAUGAUGUCGACACAAUCGGCCCCUGGAAGCUCAAUGGUUACACCCCUUUCGGGAGGAACGCCGGCCUGGCUGGAGAUGGGAAGAAGCAUGGCGUUGAGGGAUACACAUUUCCCCGAGAUGGCAUAUGCAACCCCGUCGUAGACGAUCAUCCUCUUUCCCUACCACAGAUACUGCAAGAUGAAGCCCCCCUUUUGGCCAGCGUCAUGGAUAAGCUCCAUGAGAUUGGUCUAGGACUGCUAGAUGCCCUAGACCAGAUCAGUCACGAAGCAGGCACACCACUUGCACCCAAACACCUCCCCACAGACCCUUCAACCUCAUGCAUGACAGUCCAGCGAUACCCCUCCCUCUCAAUCGAAGGUCCCAACGCAGGCCUCAGCGCCCACACCGACGUCGGCAGCCUCACCAUCCUUUUCUGCGGCGAUCGCGGCCUGCAGACAUUCAACCAGGACACGCAGGAGUGGCAUUCCGUGGAGCCCCGCGACGGCUGCGCGGUCGUCAACGUAGGAGACUCGCUUCGCUUCCUCUCGGGGAGGAAGUUCCGGUCUGUGGUGCACCGCGUGGCUCCGUACCCGGGGGAGACGAUCGAGAAUAGGUUCUCGUGCGCGUACUUUAUGAGGCCGAGAAUGGAUGUUGAGUUUGAGGAUGAGAAGGGUGAGCGGUGGAAGAGCAUUGAUUGGCAUAUGAGGAACUAUACUGGUUUGCACUUCACUAUUCCACCCAAUGCAUGGGCAGGACCAGGGGGCGAGUUAGUUGAUGUCUCCAAUGACCUUAUCAUUGUCCACCGACUUCCCGCCCCCGCGACUCUGAAUACAUUCCCCACAGUCGAGUCUAUCGGCGGUCUUUACGAACAUGAUCCUUCCAGCAACCUUUAUCCCUGGUCUUCAGCAGGCAUCAACGCCUUCGACGCUAGAUUUCCUCUUGGGUAUCAGGCGGAAUUCCUACAACCAUUCCCCCGACUUCGAGUUCUGUACAUCAUCGUCAAGCCCGAGGAUAUCAUUGAGCAGGCUGUCAACCGACAACAGUCCACCAUGACGAACUAUCAUCGGGAUUACACACAAACUGUACAUCAGUUCCCUCCCAAGACAUUCAACGCCCGUCGGAGAAUUUACUAUGAGAUGCCAGAAAUGACGUGUAAUGGCUUGCAAUGGCUCUACCAGACGAUAAAGGAUACUUCUGCUGAGGCGCGCCCAGAAUUGCCCCCGCUUGUCAUCCGGGUCAUGACGUGGAGACAUGCUCCAGGAGUCCGAGGGCGCUUCGAUCCCAAUUAA